AGCGCCCGGCGCGGCUGCUGCGGCCGCGGGAGGAGGAGAAAGAGGAGGAGGAGCGGGCUCAGGUGCAGGCAAUCAUUUGAAGGGGGAAGGAGAGAAAGAAUCAGAGACGCUCCAGCCGCUCCACGGGAGCUGGGGCUCUCCUGCCAAGCGGCUCAGCACGGCGGCUGGGAGGGUGCUGCAGGUGAGGAGGAGCGCUGGAACAAAGCAUCGCAGAAAGUAAUAAUUCCAUAGGUGCCCUGUCGCUUGUAGGCGAAGGGAAUGAACGACCGGAAAUAUUCUGGGAUGUUCUAAAAUCCAAAGGACUUUCUGUGCAGCAUGGCAAUGCACGGUAGGAAAUUCACUCCAAAAAGAAGGCUUGAGCUCCAACAGCACUGGAUAUGUGGCUCUGCUAGUGUCUGAAAUCCCUUCUGAAGGCACGGCAAGGACUAGCAGAAACAUCGGAGAGAUUCGGGUACUUUUCAAGAGACUUAGAGGAAAUGCCAGUCUAAUAUCUGAAUGACCUUGGAGAUCGGAUUGUGUGGAUUCAUUAAUUCUCACUGCCAGCCUUCUAGUCUCAGGAACUCUAGGAUUAAAGAUGGUUUUAACAUUUUAGGGGCCUUUCAAGAAGCAAGAUUGUAUGCAAUUAAUUACCUGCCUAAUGAUUUCUGAACUAAGCAAGCAUUUACUUAAAACUGAACACAGAAGAUGCUCCCUUUUAACGCUUGCUCUCUCCAUAACUGCAAAUAAAAUGAACAAGGUAAUGUCCUGCAAUUAGAAGAACAUUUUUUUUUUAAAGCAGCUAUUUAUUAUUCUAAUCAUCUGAUAAAUGUAGAAACCCUUAAAGCUACAUGGAAGAUAAAGCAGAAUAACUGAAUAAUGGAGUAGUAAACAAUGGCAGCUUUUCUAGUGAAAUCAGCAUUUCAUUAGCUUCACAGCAGAAUGCAGAUGGAAGUUUCUGUUCUCUUUGUGUGGGGGUUUGUGAAAUGAUUCAGGUGUUGCUACAGAGCUAAGGUGUGCCAGAGGUGACGCACUGAUGCUGAGGAGGCAUCAACAGCUGUGGGACUGUAACCCUCUCAAAUGUAAGCACUGGCAGUGUCUACAGAGAGAGAUCGUGAGACGCUGAAGCAGAGUUUAGCUGCUGUUAAGCAGGUCACCUGCUCGCUCAGGCUCAGAUUGCAGUGUUCCCCAAUCACAAAACAUGAACCAGUCCCGAUGGAUUGAACGGAGGACUCUGAAUAUGAGCAGUAGUGUUAUGAACAUAUCUGAGCAUCUCUCCUGCCCUCUUGGAUUUGGUCACUACAAUGCAGUUGACAUCUGUAUCCUUGAGACAGUUGUUAUUGUCUUGCUCACAUUUUUGAUCAUUGCGGGUAACUUAACUGUGAUAUUUGUUUUUCACUGUGCUCCGCUCCUGCACCAUUACACCACCAGCUAUUUUAUUCAGACCAUGGCCUAUGCUGAUCUUUUUGUUGGAGUUAGCUGCUUGGUUCCUACUUUGUCACUCCUCCACUACUCGACAGGUGUCCACGAGUCCUUGACUUGUCAAGUUUUUGGAUACAUCAUCUCUGUGCUCAAAAGUGUAUCUAUGGCAUGCCUUGCUUGCAUCAGCGUGGAUCGCUAUCUUGCUAUAACAAAGCCUCUCUCCUAUAACCAACUGGUCACACCUUGUCGCUUGAGAAUCUGCAUCAUUUUGAUCUGGAUAUACUCUUGUCUGAUCUUCUUGCCUUCCUUUCUUGGUUGGGGGAAACCUGGUUACCAUGGAGAUAUUUUUGAGUGGUGUGCUACCUCCUGGCUAACUAACGCCUAUUUUACUGGCUUUAUCGUGUGCUUACUGUAUGCUCCUGCUGCCUUUGUCAUAUGUUUCACCUAUUUCCACAUCUUUAAAAUUUGCCGGCAGCACACCAAAGAGAUAAAUGAUCGGAGAGCUCGAUUUCCUAGCCACGAAGUGGAUGCUGCUGGGGAGACUGGGCACAGCCCCGAUCGCCGCUAUGCCAUGGUUUUGUUUCGGAUAACCAGUGUGUUCUACGUGCUGUGGCUCCCCUAUAUCAUCUACUUUCUGCUGGAGAGCUCUAGGGUCUUGGAAAACCCAGCACUUUCCUUCCUAACCACGUGGCUUGCUAUAAGCAAUAGUUUCUGCAACUGUGUCAUCUAUAGCCUCUCCAACAGCGUUUUCAGGCUGGGACUGCGGAGACUCUCAGAGACAAUAUGCUUCUCUUGUAUGUGUUUAAAAGACAGGGAUGUCCGGGACCCUAAACCGCGGAAACGAGCUAACUCCUGCUCCAUUUAAAGGAAACUGGCGCAUGUAAUCACGCGCGGAGUUUUGAUAGUGUUUGCUGUACCUGGAAGCUUGCCAGAAGAGAGAUGUUUACUUGACUAGCUUGCUGUGAUGUUAGAGUGAGUUUAAAAAGUGAUUGGUGAAAAGGAAAUGCUGCUGUGAGAGGGAGGUCACUGAACUUGAAUAUAGCUCUUGUGGAAUUGUGAGGGGAGCGAUUCGACAGAGACGAUGCAAAAAGAGCUAAAAAUCUUCCAAAGGGCGUGAAAUAACUACCACUAUCAGAGGAGGUUCCUCAUCAAAUAAAUAAGUUAGCUACUACCUUAUAUUUUCCCCCUCGUAGAAAAUUUGUCUAUCUUUGUGUCAGAAUAUACUGUAGCCUUCUGAAUUUCAAUAUAUUUAAGAGGAAACAAUCAACAACACAGUAAGUGGCUAUCUGUAAAUUAUAUACCUGAGGACUCUAGUAGAUAUUGCAGAUUAAUAAUCAGCUUUAUCUCUGCUCUGACAUCUUGUACAAUUUUCAGUUGUACAAACAACUGAAGGCCAUGAAGCUUUUUGGAUAGACCAGCACAUUUUGGUACAACUUUUGCAGAAGUUCUCCCCCUCAU